GGCUCGGGCUAUACACAAGUACCCGUAUCCAUCACUCGGUCGGAUUUCCCAUCAAAACAAAAACAAUUUCGGUAGUAAAAAAGUAUUCAAUAAUCUAUAACCUUCGUUCAAAUUGGAACGUGAAGUUCUGCCUGUGUAUGGAUUACCCGGUGUCGUUUAACUGUGUUUUCGUCGCUCUUAAGGACCGCAAGCUAACGUGCUAAUCUGUUGAGGAUCAGUAACCAGAUUGAGGACAUACACCAGUAACAUAUUUACAACUCAUAUGAUUUGCUCUUUUGAGCCUAAUUCAAACAUGCACUAGUCAAAGAGACUAAACCACCAGUAGCUGAUGUUUAGGUGAUGGUAGAGAGCUGGUUAAAGGGGCGAGGGCGACUGUCUGUCAUUAAUGUGCAGAUACUCUUUUCGCCUGGUGUUGUUUUGAUGCGUUUUGGACUUUCCAUUAGUUGUUAGUAUAUGAUCAUGGCUCCUCAGAAAUAUUCGGCUCAGGUGAUGAACUCUAAAGCCAAUGGUGCUGUAUACUCGUCCUCUGGCGUGAGCUCACUCAAGAAGCCUAAGAUGGAGCAGUUGCAGGCCGACCAUGAGCUCUUUCUGCAGUCCUUUGAGAAGCCGACUCAAAUAUACAGGUUUCUGCGAACAAGGAAUCUAAUAGCUCCAGUACUGCUUCACAGGACCCUCACCUUCAUGUCACAUAGAAACUCACGAACAAAUGCCAAAAGGAGAUCAUUUAAAGUUGACGACUUGCUGUCCAGUGUGGAGAAAAUGAAAGGAGAGCCUGAGUCUCCGAGUUUGACAUCACAUCUGCAACUGACAUUCACUGGAUUUUUUCACAAGAACGUUAAGCCAUGUCAAAACUCAGAAAAUGAACAAAACUCAGUUUCACUUGAGGUGCUACUUGUUAAAGUCUGUCAUAAAAAGCGUAAGGAUGUCAGCUGUCCUAUAAAGCAAGUGCCUACGGGAAAAAAGCAGGUGCCUUUGAACCCGGAUCUCAGCCAAACCAAGCCUGGUGCCUUCCCCUCCCUGCUGGUGUCCAGCAAUGAGUUUGAGCCCAGUAACAGUCACAUGGUCAAAUCCUAUUCUCUUCUCUUCAGGGUGUCUCACACAGGCAAAAGAGACCCCAAUGGCUUCAUCAGCUGUGUGGCAGAUGAGAAUAUUGAUGUAAAAGAUGAAAUUCCACCCAGAAAGAAGAGAAACUUAUCCCUGCGAGGUGAUGGAGAAACCACAGAAACAUUUGUUGCUCAGAUGACUGUUUUUGAUAAAAACAGACGCUUGCAGCUACUGGAUGGAGAGUAUGAGGUUUCCAUGCAACAAAUUGAGGACUGUCCAGUCAGCAAGAAGAGGGCUACAUGGGAGACCAUACUGGAUGGAAAGAGGUUGCCCCCAUUUGAGACCUUCUCUCAGGGACCCACUUUGCAGUUCACUCUUCGUUGGACAGCUGACCCCAGUGACCCUUCAACGGCCCCCGUGGCUAAACCUCUCUCAACCCGCAAUUCUGACACCAGCACCACAGAGAGCAGAAUCAGCACUCUUCGACCUGCACCUGUUGCAGUGAAGGAAUCCGUGAGCACCAGCAUGCAAUCCAGGAUAGAACAUUCCCCCUGUGAACCCCGACAGAAAUUGCGCAUUUUUUACCAGUUUCUGUACAACAAUAACACCCGUCAGCAAACAGAGGCCAGAGAUGACCUGCACUGUCCCUGGUGCACACUCAACUGCCGUAAACUCUACAGCCUGCUGAAACACCUCAAACUCUCUCACAGUAGAUUCAUUUUUAACUAUGUGCCUCACCCUAAAGGUGCUCGAAUAGACGUGUCAAUAAACGAGUGCUAUGAUGGCUCAUAUGUUGGCAAUCCUCAAGACAUUCACAGCCAGCCUGGAUUUGCCUUCAGCCGCAAUGGACCUGUUAAGAGGACAGCUGUUACCCACAUACUUGUUUGCCGGCCCAAGCGAACCAAGCCAAGUCUGUCUGAGUUUUUGGAGUCAGAGGAUGGUGAGCCAGAGCAACAGCGGACUUAUGUGAGCGGGCAUAAUCGCCUGUAUUUUCACAGCGACAGCUGCAUGCCUCUCCGUCCUCAGGAGAUGGAGGUGGACAGUGAGGACGAGAGAGACCCAGAGUGGCUCCAAGAAAAGACUACCACGCAAAUUGAGGAAUUCACAGAUGUGAAUGAAGGAGAGAAAGAAGUAAUGAAGUUGUGGAAUCUUCACGUUAUGAAGAAUGGAUUCAUUGCUGAUAAUCAGAUGACUCAAGCGAGUAUGCUGUUUGUGGAGAAUUGCGGUCCGCACAUCAUUCGCAGGAAUCUGUGUCGGAACUUUCUCCUUCAUCUGGUUAACCUGCAUGACUUUAACCUAGUCACCAUUGCAACCAUUGAUCAGGCCAUGACCCGUUUGAAGGAGAUGGAGGAGUCAUCUCCUGAAUUAGAGGCGGGACAAGAAUCAUUGGAUGCCACUUGCAAUGGUCACUCACUGUCCCUGGGGUUUUCACUGCAUGGCAAAUGUUCCAAACUGGAGUCUUAGACUGAUAACAGCCGGGCUUACAAAAAAAAUUGUGAACAUAAGGAAUAAGCUCUAGUGAGAACUCCGUUUCUCUAUACUUUUGCAAUCAUUUUAUUUGUUUGAGGUCUAGAACUCGCAGCCAGCUGUGCUUCGGUGGCUUGAAACAUGACUUUUUGAUUUGCCCAUAUGCCUGUUUAUUAAGAAAGAGCCUAUUUAAGUCUCAAUUGGGAGUUAGCUGCUGGUGUUAUGGACUGACACAAGUGCUAUUGACUGAUUUGAUGGAAAUUGUUCAUGUUUUUCUUGUGUGGUGUCUGUUAUGCCCAUUGAUUGAUAUCUUUUCUGUAGUCGUGUAGAAUAAUUGUUUCUGAAAACCCAUUAUGCGAAGAAGUUAGUUACUGUAUAAGUUAGACUACGUUUUCUGUACACAUCUUAUUACUUUGUUUUUAAACCACUGUGCAUUCAGUAACUAUUUAGCACUUGUGUUACUAGUUACUCGGUGGCUCUAGAUUCAGAAUUGUUGACUUCAGGUUUCAGAUGUUGGAUUUUAAAGUUAAACAACUUUGCAUUUUCUUUUUUAUAACAUACAAAGGCUUUUAAUGUGUUUUAGAAUGGACCAAUCAGUAUAUACAUUUCAAUCUUUCAUCAGCUCCUUGUCUCACGUGGAGUGUGAAGAUCUUUGGGACGGUAUAUUCAUUGUAUUUUUUUUUCUUUUACCCCAGUUCUCUUGCUGAUUAAUUAGCAAUAUAAUGCACACUCAUGAACUGCCUGCGUUUAGGCUACUUGUUUCAUAAAUCUUUGUAAACCAACCUAUUAUGACAUUUAGAAUGGGGAUCCAGAAUAGUUUUCAGUCACGUGUAGGUGAUGUCAAACCUAUGUUAUUAUUGGGUAUGUGGUUAUAUAAUAGUUUGAUGCUAUUAUAGGUUUCAUAUGUUGUACAUGCCAAAGUAUCAGAUACAGCAUCAUUUCUCAUUCUAAUGGUUUCCUCUGCAAAUUGCACAAGUUUGGUGUACACAAGAAAACUAUUUACAGAUUAAAGAUGUAAAUAUUCGAUUAAGUGGUUUUAAA